CACUUUAUUUGUGCCACAAAAAGUGGCUGCAGGCCAUGCCCACGGGCCAGAGUUUAAACAUUCUUUUGUAUUAUUGAGCUGCUGAAUAAAGCAAUUAGAUGAGCAGCAUAUUUUAAUAUAUUUGCAUCUCUCUAUUGGUUUUAUUGUGCUCACAUUAGCCCAUCGCUUGUGUUGAUUGAAUUUCUAUUUUUCAACCAGUUUGCAGUGAUAUUUACAGGUGAAUUGCGCAACUCUCAGGCAUUUGAUAUAUAUAAGUACCAUCAGGAAGAGAACCACUUUACUGGACCAAUAUGAUCCACAAGUGUCAUUGGUCUCCACUCACGUCUGAAUCUCUUCUUGCUUAUUGAUUUUUAUUCCAGAGCACAAGUGAACCAAUGAUCAGUGACAGGUGAGUCGUUAAUGGUGGCAGUAAUCGUUACACACUGUUCACCACCCCCUCCACCACGGGUUCCCUUUUUUGGGACCAAUCAAAUGUUUUCAUUAUUGUGCAUUUGACACUGAUGCACGAACAAUCGCUGGACCCCCAGGAACCCACUUUUCAAACGAGUCCGUGUCGGGGCUUUUAUUUGCUAACACAUACACGUGAAUGGAAGCUGGCAGCUCAGCAGCAGCAGCCGUGGAAAAAAAAAAAAAAAAAGACAGCAUCUGUGUGCACCGGAGAGAGGGAGGGUGAGACGCUCAAACCGCUGCACACACACUGAGAGAGGAAAGAGCUGAGGAAGGACGUGUCUCUCCUCAUUUCUGACAACAGGAGAUUUUCACAUCAUCCUUUUUUUUUCUUCUAUACCGGACCUGCACUGAGAAGUAAAAAGGGGGAAAACUGGACUCGGAGUCAGCAGCAGUCAGCCCUGCUUUAUUUCCUCCGGUUUGGUUCGGAAACUCCAAAUGACUUAAAUAACUCUGAUUUUAUUUAUAUGCAUAGAUAAAUAUAUAUAUAUGUCAAGAAGGUAAAUGAAGGAAACCAUGAAUUCUGUAUUUUCCUCCCGGAGAGAUGGAGAUUCAACAUUCCCCUCGCGGAUGUGAGAAGACGCAGUGGAGCUCCGAGAGACGCACAAGUCAGAAGGCAUGCGUGCGCUUUGGAUGCGUUUCCAGUCAAAAGUAAAUUGAUCAUUCCACGUCAAUGGGAAGACAACCGUAGACAGUCAGGUAGAGAGAUACGCAGAGGAGAGGAGACUUACAUUUGACAGAACUGGCAAAGGAGGAGACCCAUAAAAGGACCGAAAACCCCGCAGGGCUCAACAAAACAGAGGAGAUAUUUCAGAAUGAUGAAGGGAUGCUGUCCGGGGGAAGCGGGGCUCUGAAGCUCUGUCGUGCCUCUCAGUCACUCCUCUACUCUUCUAAGGAACGGGACGGAAUAGUGAGAGUGAUUUUUGACUGCAAGAAUUGCCCAAAAGACUCCAGCGCAGAGUGGAUUUUAAGACAACCCCGUGUGUCUGUCCGCUCCGUCCAUCUGUGCGUUUCUCCACCUUUCUUUGGAAGAUGACUGAAAGAUUGUGUUUUUGGGUUGGACAUGAAGGAUUUAUCUGUUCUAUCUUAGAAGAAGCAGAAGAAGAAGGAGGGAAGGACUAAAACGCCCGCGUCUCUCUUCCUCCUCUCUCUCUCUCUCCUCUUUCUAUCUCUCUUUCUCUCUCUCUCUCUAUCCCACUCUCUCACUUUCUCACUCUCUCUCUCCAUUUCUCCCCCUCUCAAUCCCUCUCUCCUCCGGCUUUCUGGAUGUGAAACAGCAUGCGGCCCGGUGAGAGCUCAGAGGGCUCGCGCUCGGCGGUUCGCAAAAGAUGCACUGACGCCGCACAUUCCGCCAGCAGCGGCUCCUUUGCGCACCCCUCGUCGCCAACGAGGAGGAUGAAGAGGGGUGCAACGACGACGAGCAAGACCACGACCAAGACGAAGAUCAAGAGGAAGAGGAGAACGAUGGUGACGAGGACGCGGAGGAUGGAGAUGAUGAGGAUGAGAGGGACUAAGGGAAGGAUGACGGAGCGGGGAAGGACGGGGGUGAUUACGAUGAUGCUGCGCUGUUUUCUCUGGAGUCUGGUGCUCCUCUGUUCACUGUCGGAAAGAGCGCAAGGUUUCAUUUACACAUGUGGCGGCACGCUAAAAGGCAGAAAUGGCAGUAUUGAGUCGCCAGGUUUUCCCUAUGGCUACCCCAACGGAGCAAACUGCACUUGGGUGAUUGUCGGAGAGGAAGGAAGUAGAAUCCAGCUCAUCUUCCUGUCAUUUGCCAUAGAGGAAGAGUACGACUUCCUGUCCUUGUACGAUGGGCAUCCUCACCCGGCGAACUUCAGGACCAGGCUAACAGGCUUCCAGGUUCCUGCCCCGGUCACCAGUACAAGUAACGUCUUCUCGUUGAGGUUGACCAGUGACUUUGCCGUCUCUGCACAUGGCUUCAAACUCAACUAUGAAGAACUCCAGAGUUCAUCCUGUGGAAAUCCUGGGGUCCCACCCAAAGCUGUACUAAGCAGCAGUGGUCGGUUCGGCGUUGGAGAUCGCGUCCGGUACAGCUGUGUUCCCGGUUAUGUCCUGGACGGCCACGCAACGCUUACCUGCAUCACAAACGCUGGAAACACUGCAGUCUGGGACUUCCCUGCUCCAAUUUGUCGAGACUUCCAGACGGAGGAGAAGUACGACUACCUGGAGGUGGAGGGAUCCGAGCCGCCAACUAUUUGGUUGUCAGGCAGUAACGUCCCAUCACCCAUUGUCAGCAACAAGAACUGGCUCCGGCUGCAUUUUGUCACUGACGGCAACCAUCGCUACCGUGGCUUCAGUGCACACUAUCAAGUAAAUGAAGGCGGUGUGAGACAGGCGUCGAACUCCUGUCCUGAUCCAGGAGAGCCAGAGAAUGGAAAACGCCAUGGAAACGACUUCAGCAUCGGUGCUGUGGUUCAGUUCAGCUGUGGAGAAGACUACGUCCUCCAGGGCAGUAAAACCAUCAGUUGUCAGAGAGUGGCCGAGGUUUUUGCAGCCUGGAGUGACCACAGACCUGUCUGUAAAGUGAAGACGUGCGGCAGCAACCUCCAAGGUCCCUCCGGAACCUUCACGUCACCUAACUUCCCCAUUCAAUAUGAGAGCAAUGCACAGUGUGUGUGGAUAAUCACUGCUUCAAAUCCCAAUAAGGUGAUCCAGAUCAACUUUGAGGAGUUUGACCUGGAGAUAGCCUAUGACACUCUGACCAUAGGGGAUGGAGGUGAGGUUGGAGACCCUACAACUAUAUUGCAAGUCCUGUCUGGUAGCUUCGUCCCUGACCUGAUUGUCAGUAUGACUCACCAGAUGUGGCUCCACCUACAGUCAGAUGAGAGCGUUGGGUCUAUAGGUUUUAAGAUCAACUACAAAGAAAUCGACAAAGAGAGCUGCGGUGACCCUGGGACUCCUCUUUAUGGAAUCAGAGAGGGAGACAGCUUCUCCAAUGGCGGAAUCCUCAGGUUUGAAUGCCAGUUUGGGUUUGAGCUGAUCGGGGAGAGAACUAUUGCCUGCCAGGACAACAACCAGUGGUCUGCAAAUAUUCCCAUCUGCAUAUUCCCCUGCAUGUCCAACUUCACAGCUCCCUCCGGUACCGUCCUUUCUCCCGAUUACCCAGAAGGCUAUGGGAACAACAUGAACUGCGUCUGGCUCAUCCAAUCAGAGCCAGGCUCCAGGAUCCACUUGGCAUUUAAUGACUUUGACCUGGAGGCACCCUACGACGCCCUAACAGUGAAAGACGGUGAGACAAACGAUGCGUCCAUCAUUGGGAGGUUCUCCGGCGCCGAGAGUCCUUCCCACCUGACGUCCAACACCAACACGCUGAGGCUGGAGUUCCAGGCUGAUCACUCCAUGUCUGGGAGAGGAUUUAACAUCACUUAUAGCACGUUCGGCCAUAAUGAGUGCCCAGACCCCGGCAUUCCCAUCAACGCCCGGCGUUUUGGAGACAGCUUCCAGCUUGGCAGCUCCAUUUCCGUGGUCUGCGAGGAUGGGUUCAUCAAAACCCAGGGAAGCGAGACCAUUUCAUGUCAGCUGGAACGAGGAAAAGUCAUGUGGAGUGGGCCCAUUCCUAAAUGUGAAGCCCCGUGUGGAGGCCACUAUUCAGCGCCAAGUGGAGUGAUUUUGUCUCCUGGGUGGCCUGGUUACUACAAAGACUCCCUCAGCUGUGAGUGGGUGAUUGAAUCAGAACCAGGACGCUCCAUCAAAAUCACAUUUGACAGAUUCCAGACAGAGCUGGGUUAUGACUUCCUGGAGAUCCACGAUGGGCCGAACCUGUUGUCUCCUUUGGUCGGCUCCUUCAACGGCACCCAGGUUCCACAGUUCCUGUUCAGCAGCAGCAACUUCCUUUAUCUGCUCUUUACCACCGACAACAGUCGAUCGAACGCUGGCUUUAAAAUAUUAUACGAAAGCGUUACAGUGGACAGCUACUCAUGUCUGGAUCCAGGUAUCCCCGUCAAUGGAAUCCGCUAUGGGCAGGAUUUCUCCAUUGGCUCCACUGUGUCAUUUGGUUGUGAUUCCGGCUACAGACUGAGCCACGAGGAACCACUGGUGUGUGAGAAGAACCAUUGGUGGAGUCACCCUUUACCUACGUGUGAUGCUCUAUGUGGUGGAGAUGUUAGAGGCCCCUGGGGAACCAUCCUCAGCCCUGGCUAUCCAGACAGUUACCCUUCAUCUCUCAACUGCACCUGGACUGUUGAAGUCAGCCACGUUAAAGGAGUCCAGUUUCAGUUCAAUUCAUUCCAUUUGGAGGACCAACACGAUUACCUCUUGGUGACUGAGAAUGGUAGUUUCCUGCAACCGCUGGCUCGUCUGACUGGCAAUGAGUUGCCUAGCAACAUCAAUGCCGGUCUCUAUGGCAACUUUAAAGCCCAGCUCCGAUUCAUCUCCGACUUUUCUAUUUCAUACGAGGGCUUCAACAUAACUUUCUCAGAAUACACUCUGGAGCCAUGUGAGGAUCCUGGAAUGCCUCAGUUUGGCAGGAGAAACGGCUACAGUUUCAGCGUUGGCGACACCUUGUCUUUUUCCUGCAAUAUGGGAUACCGCCUGGAGGGGGCGCCAGAGUUGAUCUGCCUGGGCGGUGGUCGGAGGAUGUGGAGCUCUCCUCUUCCACGAUGUGUUGCGGAGUGUGGUUCAUCUGUCAUCAACAAUGAAGGGAUCCUACUCUCCCCAAACUACCCCAUGAACUAUGACAACAACCACGAGUGCAUCUAUAGCAUCCAGGUUCAGGCUGGGAAAGGAAUCAACAUCUCUGCUCGAACCUUUCAUCUUGCCCAGGGGGACAUACUUAAGGUUUAUGAUGGCAAAGACAACACAGCCCAUGUUCUUGGAGCGUUCACUGGGUCGUCCAUGCUGGGCCUGACUCUCAUUUCCACUUCAAACCAUCUGUGGCUUGAAUUUUUCAGCGAUACAGAAAGUACAGGAGAGGGUUUCAAGUUGGUGUAUUCAAGUUUUGAAUUGUCUCACUGUGAGGACCCAGGCGUCCCCCAGUUUGGCUUCAAGGUCAAUGACCAAGGUCACUUCUCUGGGAGCAGCAUCACAUACAGAUGUGAGCCUGGAUACACCCUGCACGGAGCGUCCACACUGAAGUGCAUGACCGGGGAAAGGAGAGCCUGGGACAACCCUCUGCCUUCCUGUAUCGCGGAGUGCGGUGGCCGUUUUAAGGGCGAGUCCACAGGGAGGAUCCUCUCUCCUGGUUACCCAUUUCCAUAUGACAACAAUCUGCGCUGCACCUGGACCAUCGAGGUGGAUUCUGGGAAUAUUGUGAGUCUCCAGUUCUUGGCCUUCGACACUGAAGCCAGCCACGAUAUGCUUAAGGUGUGGGACGGACCACCGGAAAAUGAAAUGUCUUUGGCUGAGCUCAGCGGCUCCCUGAUACCUGAGGGCAUUCACUCUACCCUCAACACUGUCACCGUGCAAUUUGAGACUGACUUUUACAUCAGCAAGUCAGGGUUCGCCAUACAGUUCUCCAGCUCAGUGGCCACAGCCUGCAGGGACCCAGGCGUGCCAAUGAACGGUAGCCGAAGUGGAGAUGGCCGUGAGCCAGGGGAUUCGGUGUCCUUUCAGUGUGACCCAGGAUAUGAGCUCCAGGGGGACGACAAAAUCACCUGUAUCCAAGUGGAUAACAGAUACUACUGGCAGCCCAGUCCGCCUGUCUGUAUAGCUCCGUGUGGAGGAAACCUCACAGGCUCCAAUGGGUUUAUUCUCUCUCCCAACUACCCACACCCCUACCCUCACUCCAAGGACUGUGAUUGGUUGAUCGCUGUCAACUCUGACUAUGUCCUUUCGCUGGCAUUCAUCGGUUUCAACAUUGAACCAAACUAUGACUUCCUGUACAUCUACGAUGGCCCAGAUAGCAACAGCCCUCUGAUUGGUAGCUUUCAGGACAGCAAACUCCCAGAACGGAUCGAGAGCAGUUCAAAUACCAUGCACUUAGCAUUCCGCAGCGAUGGCUCCGUUUCCUAUACUGGCUUCCAUCUGGAAUACAAAGCCAAACUGAGGGAAUCCUGCUUUGACCCUGGUGUAGUUCUGAAUGGAACCAGAUUGGGAUCUGACUACAAACUGGGAUCCACUGUUACCUUCUACUGUGAAGCAGGAUAUGUUUUGCAGGGUUAUUCCACCUUAACGUGCAGUAUGGGAGAGGAUGGUAGACCAGGCUGGAAUAGAGCACUGCCAAGCUGUCAAGCACCCUGUGGAAGUCGUUCCACAGGAACAGAAGGAACUGUUUUAUCUCCUAAUUUCCCCAGGAACUACACCUCUGCCCAGACCUGUGUCUACUCUAUAUCUGUACCCAGAGAGUUUGUUCUCUUUGGUCAGUUUGUGUUGUUCCAAACGUCUCUGAAUGAUGUGGUAGAGAUUUAUGAUGGUCCCAGUCAACAGAACACACUGCUGUCGUCUCUCUCUGGAUCUCACUCUGGUGAGUCUCUCCCUUUGAGUUCAGGAAACCAGAUCACCAUAAAGUUCACAACAGUUGGACCAGAGACCGCCAAAGGAUUUCACUUUGUUUAUCAAGCUGUACCGAGAACCAGCUCCACCCAGUGCAGUUCAGUCCCCGAGCCCCGCUUUGGGAAGCGCCUGGGUAACGACUUUGCUGUGGGCUCCUUGGUGCAGUUUGAGUGCAACCCCGGUUAUGUCCUGCACGGUUCUACUGCCAUACGCUGCGAGAGUGUUCCAGACAACCUGGCACAGUGGAACGACACCCUGCCGACAUGCAUUGUUCCCUGUGGGGGCGUUUUGACCUCUCGUCGUGGAACCAUCCUGUCACCUGGUUAUCCAGAGCCGUACGACAACAACCAGAACUGUGUGUGGAAGGUGUCUGUUCCUGAGGGGGCUGGAAUUCAGAUUCAGGUUGUAAGUUUUGCAACAGAACACAACUGGGACUCUUUGGAUUUUUACGACGGCGCCGACAACCAUGCUCCAAGACUGGGCAGCUACUCUGGCACCACCAUCCCUCCUCUUCUGAACAGCACAUCUAACAACCUCCAUCUGAGCUUCAGUUCUGAUAUUAGUGUCUCAGCUGCCGGGUUUCACCUGGAAUACACAGCAAUUGGCCUGGAGUCCUGCCCGGAGCCUCAGACUCCAAACUACGGAAUCAGACAAGGGGACAGAUUUAUGGUGGGAGACGUGGUGCAGUUUUCCUGUGAGCAAGGAUACUCUCUUCAGGGCAAUGCACACAUCACCUGCAUGCCCGGGCCAGUGAGGAGAUGGAACUAUCCUGUACCUCUUUGUCUGGCCCAGUGUGGUGAUUCUAUGACAGAUGUAAGUGGAGUUAUUCUAAGUCCUGGUUACCCCGGCAACUACCCCAGUGGAUUAGACUGCACUUGGACAGUCAACCUACCUGUCGGCUUUGGCAUCCACCUCCAGUUCCUGAACUUCUCCACCGAAGCCAUCCAUGAUUACUUAGAGAUCCGCAGUGGAAGUCUGGAGACCGGCUCGGUCAUUGAUCGCUUCAGUGGUCCACUCCUCCCCAAACCUCUGUUCAGCACCACCCACCAGACCAGCUUCUUCUUCCACAGCGACUAUUCGCAGAACAAACCAGGCUUUCACAUCACAUAUCAAGCCUAUCAGCUCCAGAGUUGUCCAGACCCGCGACCGUUUCGAAAUGGAAUUGUCAUUGGCACUGAUUUCAGUGUGGGGAUGACGGUGUCAUUUGAAUGUCUUCCGGGAUAUUCCCUGAUUGGAGAGGCUUCACUGACAUGUCUGCAUGGAAUCACGGACCACCCGUUACCACGAUGUGAAGCUCUCUGUGGUGGUAACAUCACUUCAUUAAAUGGAACCAUUUACUCCCCGGGUCACCCAGAGGAAUACCCAAACUUCCAGGACUGCGUGUGGAGCGUGAGAGUUCCCCCCGGACAUGGAAUUUAUAUCAACUUCACCGUCCUUAGCACGGAGCCUAUAUAUGACUACAUCACAGUCUGGGACGGUCCGGACCAGUCGUCUCCCCAGAUUGGUCAGUUCAGUGGCAACACAGCCUUGGAGUCGGUCUACUCCACCUCCAACAUCAUCCUCAUCAAAUUCCACUCUGACUUCUCCGGAGCGGGCUUCUUUGUGUUGAGUUACCAUGCCUACCAAUUAAGGGUCUGCCAGCUUCCUCCAGAAGUGCCCAACGCUGACAUCCUGAUGGAGGAUGGAGAGCUGGAGAUAGGUGACAUCAUCAGGUACAGAUGCCAUCCUGGAUUCUCAAUGGUCGGCAGUGAGAUUUUAACUUGUCGCCUUGGAGAAAGACUCCAGAUGGAUGCACUGCCUCCGACAUGCCAAGUCCAAUGCCCGGCACACGAUGUACGAUAUGACUCGUCAGGUGUGAUCCUCAGCCCCGGUUGGCCAGAAAGCUACCCCAACCUCCAAAUGUGUUCGUGGAGCGUCAAUGUGGAGAAAGGAUACAAUGUCACCAUUACCUUUGAGAGCUUCCACACCGAGAGAGAGUUUGACAUGUUGGAGAUUUUUGAUGGCCCUUCAGCCAACAGCCCGACCCUGGCCACUCUGAGUGGUGACCUGCCCACACCCUUCAACGUCACAACCUCCGGUCACCAGUUCCUGAUUCGCUGGUCCUCAGACCACGGCACGAACAAGAAAGGCUUCAAAAUCCGUUAUGUUGCACUGUACUGCUCCACACCAGACUCCCCACUCCACGGCUCCAUCUCGUCUCAAAGCGGGGGCCACAUCAACAGCGUGGUUCGGUGGGCCUGUGACAGAGGCUACCGCCUCAUUGGCAACGCCACGGCCGUCUGCCGCCGCUCUCUGCUGGGUUAUCACGCCUGGGAUUCUCCUGUCCCUGCCUGUCAAGCUGUGUCAUGUGGCGUACCCAAAGCUCCAAUAAACGGUGGCACUCUAACUUCAGACUACUCGGUCGGUACCAGGGUGUCGUAUUUCUGCAAUGAUGGCUACAGACUCUCAAGUAAAGAGCUGACGUCAGCAAUCUGUCAGCCUGACGGAACGUGGAGUAACCACAACAAGAUCCCUCGCUGUUCUGUUGUGGUCUGUCCCAGCAUCGGCUCAUUUUCUCUAGAACAUGGUCGAUGGAGGAUUGUCAACGGCUCACACUACGAGUACAAAACUCGUAUUGUGUUCACCUGUGACCCUGGAUAUUACAGACUAGGCCCCGCCCACAUUGAGUGCUUACCCAAUGGUGCGUGGAGCUGGAGAAAUGAGAGGCCUCAUUGUCAAGUGAUCUCCUGCGGUGAGCUCCCGUCUCCAACCAACGGGAAAAAGAUUGGAACCCAGACUUCAUUUGGUGCCACCGCCAUCUUCACCUGCGACGUGGGCUUCAUGCUGGUGGGGUCAGCUGUCAGAGAGUGCCUGUCAUCUGGACUCUGGAGCGGAACGGAAACACGUUGUUUAGCUGGUCACUGUGGAAUCCCAGAAAACAUUGUGAACGGCCAGGUGAUCGGUGAGAACUUUGGUUACCGCGACACCGUGGUGUAUCAGUGUCUGCCCGGCUUCAGGCUUAUAGGAUCAUCAGUUCGAAUCUGUCUUCAAGACAACCAGUGGUCAGGCCAGCUGCCCGUUUGUAUACCCAUCAGCUGUGGCCAUCCAGGAAGUCCCAUAUAUGGUCGAACAGUGGGAAAUGGCUUCAACCUCAACGAUGUGGUCAGCUUUGUCUGUAACCGCGGUUAUGAGAUGGAGGGGCCUGCACGGGCCCACUGCCAGGCCAACAGGCAGUGGAGCCACCCGCCUCCAACAUGUAAAGUCGUCAACUGCUCCGAUCCAGGAAUUCCAGCCAACUCCAUUCGACAGAGUAAAAUCGAACACGGCAACUUCACCUUUGGCACUGUGGUUUUUUAUGACUGCAACCCCGGGUAUUACCUGUUUGGCUCUCCUGUGCUGACCUGUCAACCCACCGGUCACUGGGACAAACCUCUUCCUGAAUGUAUAGUUGUAGACUGUGGUCAUCCUGGCUCUCCUCCCAACGGCGUGCUGAACGGAGAUAAGUUUACGUUUGGUUCAACGGUUCGAUACUCCUGUCUGGGUGGACGACAGCUGAAAGGAGAAUCGUCCAGAACUUGUCAGCUCAAUGGAAUGUGGAGUGCCCCGAUGCCCUUUUGUUCUGGUGACACUGCAGGUUCCUGUGGAGAUCCUGGCAUUCCCUCCCAUGGUUCAAGGGAACAAACUGAUUUCAGGAUCCGUUCCAAGGUUUACUUCACCUGCUCCGAAGGCUAUGAGCUCAUCGGUUCCUCAGAGAGGAUGUGCUUCCCUAAUGGAACCUGGUCUGGCAUGCAGCCCUCCUGCAGACCUGUCCAGUGUGGAAACCCUGGAACUCCCAGUAAUGGCAGAGUGUUCCGUUUGGACGGAACAACGUUCUCCCAUUCCGUCAUCUACUCCUGCAUGGACGGCUACUUGCUCACUGGUGCCACCACCAGGCUGUGUCAGGCUAAUGGGACAUGGUCUGGCGUACAACCCAACUGUACCAUGAUAAACUGUGGAGAUCCAGGAGUUCCUGCUAACGGUCUCCGCUAUGGAGAAGAGUUCACUAUAGGCCAGAAUAUCACCUUCCAGUGCCAACCAGGGUACAGAAUGGAGGAAGACGGAUCAACUGUGAGGAUGUGCACCCAUAAUGGGACGUGGAAUGGAAAUAUGCCACUGUGCACAGCGGUGACCUGUGCAGCCCCCCCUGCCAUCAGUAACGGCGUACUGCAGGGCAGUGACUUUGAAUGGGGCAGUGGUGUGAGCUACAGCUGCUCUCCUGGUUAUGAGCUCUCAUUUCCAGCCGUCCUGACAUGUGUGGCAAACGGCACCUGGAACGGAAUGUUGCCACAGUGCUUACCCAAGUUCUGUGGUGACCCAGGCACUCCCGUGGGUGGUUUCCGGGAAGGACGGAGUUUCAUCUACCAAUCAGAGGUGUCCUUCAGCUGCGCCCCGCCCCUUAUUUUGGUCGGCACAGCAGUCAGACGAUGUGAAAGUGAUGGCACCUGGAGUGGGUUACAGCCCCGCUGUAUUGAACCGACCAAAACCAGCUGUGAUAACCCUGGGACGCCACGCUACGGCUCCUUGAACAGGACCUAUGGUUUCAAGGUGGGGAGUGUGGUGUCCUUUCAGUGCCAGCCUGGUCAUUUGAUUCAGGGAUCCUCCUCUCGAACCUGCCAGUCUGAUCUGACCUGGAGUGGAACACAACCAGAGUGUAUACCACACGCCUGCAAGCAGCCGGAGAGCCCCCUCCAUGUGGACGUGGUGGGCAUGGAUCUGCCUGGUUUUGGCUACACCUUGGUGUACAGUUGUCAGCACGGCUACUUCCUGGCAGGAGGUUCUGAACACAGAGUCUGCAAGAACGACGGCACUUGGACCGGAAAGAUGCCUAUAUGUCGAGCUGGAGAAAAGAAAAAACCUGUGAAACCAGCGACAGGAACGCCCAGUCCCAAAGUUAACGUUCCAGACGACGUGUUUGCUCCCAACUACGUCUGGAAAGGUUCUUAUAAUUACCGUGGGAGGAAGCAGCCCAUGACACUGAGCAUCACCAGCUUCAACUCCACCACAGGGAGAGUCAACGUCACCCUGAGCAACGGCAACAUGGAAUUGCUCCUAUCAGGAGUCUAUAAAGCUUCUGAGGCCAGGCUGUUGCUGAGGAUGUACCAGGUGAACUAUCCAAACCAGGGAAACCAGCUGAAAGACACAGCCGUCUCUCCAGCCAAAAUUAUAGAUGACUCCUGGACAAUGGAUGGAUUUGUGUCAGCAGAGCCCGAUGGCUCCAGUUACGUGUUCCAGGGCUUCAUUCAGGGAAAAGACUAUGGACAGUUUGGACUGCAGAGACUGGGUCUGAAUAUGUCAGAGAGUCAGAAUUCUACGCCCCCCCAGCUUGGUACAAACAGCAGUUCUGUUGCGAUCGCUAUCCUGGUGCCUUUCUUUGCUCUGAUCUUCACUGGCUUUGGCUUCUAUCUCUACAAACAAAGAACCACACCAAAAACACAGUACACAGGCUGCUCGGUCCACGAAAACAACAACGGCCAGGCUGCCUUCGAGAACCCCAUGUACAACACCAACGCCAAGGCCGUGGAAGGGAAGGUUGUCAGAUUUGAUCCAAAUCUGAACACUGUCUGCACCAUGGUCUGAGGACUGAUUGGCCUUACUUGAACCUAGUGACUCAGUUAAUUAAUGGGACCACAACUGGGAAUGAGGCAGAGGAUGAAGGGGGGGAAAAAAAUCCCACAGCUUCUCCUCAAACCUCAGCAUCGUCAUCAGACCUGGUCUGUAUAAACAGACCUGGUCACAGACACUUAAUCUGCCCCCAGCAGAGGGUAAAACUGUCCACUUCAAACCAAAACACAGCAGUGGUCAACUCCACUGUGUAAGCCUUUUGUUUCCACAAAAAAAAACAAACAGAAGAAGACAAAAUGUGUGCUGCCUCUGACCCGACGUGUGAAAGAACAGAAGACGGGGCUUCUGCAGACUCAGCAUGUGGUGGACGGGUCAUAUUUCUGAUUCUACACACAUUAUUAUUAUUAUUGUUAUUAUUAUACUUUGAGCUCCAGUCACACGUAGUAAUGACAAAAGCCAUGACCUGCAAAUGGGAAAUCCCUGACCCAAAUGGUCAAAUUUUGUAUUCGACUCCAGAGUUUGGAGACUAGGACUCGCUAUCAGCUCUGGAGUCGAGGAAGAGAAGAUGGGCGCGUUUUUAACGCUCACAGCAUCACAGAGAAGAACUGCUCUACAAAAACAUGUUGUUUCCCGACUGGGCUCCACAGAUCCUUAAGUAUGUGGCUGCAGACUGGGGGUUGCAGCAUAUAAGGAUGUCACAAAAGACACUGUGAACAAAGAAAAUCUGUUUCCCUCCAUCUCCAUCCAUCUGGGUGAACACUGACAGUCAGCCACACUGUCACCAGCAGACCAUUAAAGAAUCAGACGCCGGAGAUGACAGAUGGGACAUCUUUUUUCAGUAUUCUUUUUUUUUUUUGUUUUUUUAAUUUUUAUCUUCAAGGAAUUUAAAGUGGCUUUGACAAAGAGACCAACCCUUAAGCUAAGAAUGAGGGUAGACUCAGACGGCGCUGUAAUCCUGACUGAUUUGGGAUUAGUUUGAAGAGAAUGUUAAAAAAGAAAAAAAAGGUGUCUUCAGGGGGAACCCAUCGUAAUAAUACAACAAAUGAGAAGAGACUGGUUGAUAAACUGCUGGAUUUUAGAGACACAAGGCUAAGAGAAAUCGAGACAACCUCCAGGAAGUGAAGUGGAAACAGACGGGGGGAGUCAUCAAGAGAUAAGAUGGGAUCUUAAAACCCCUCUAACGCAGCCAAUCAGAGUCUGUCUGAGCUGAAAUCAACUGGCCUAGAGAGGUUGAGCCACGGCGUAAUGAAUAGGAUCAGACAGAAUAUGGCCUUAAGGAAGGACGCUCCUGAUCCUGUGAAUAUAAAUGGACUCUGAGGAGGACAGAGGACUUGUGUGGUGGACUAACAGAGACAAAAGAUUUGGACAAACAAGAAAAGACGCUCUGGCACUAAAGCACAUUAUUACAGAAACACUACCUGUCUAGCCACUCAGAGUCGGCUUAAGUCGGGGACAGACGGCCAGGGCACGGAAAAAAAAAAUGAAACGAUGGGACACUCUUAUAAAAGCAGAAGCAGACGUGUCUUCUGGCGUCGGACGGGGAAAAAAAAA